GGAUCACAGCAGACUCCGAACUCCAACUCCGAUACUUCUGCACAUAGUCCAUAAGUGGGAUGCAGGACUGGGGAUGGAGGAGGAGUCUAUUGUGGGAGGCAGCAAGAACCACAGGCUGGCCUGCGGCAAUGGUGAUAUUUCAGCAAGGAUGAAUUUCAGCCCUGGUGUAUGCACGUGUGUGUGCGCGUGCAGGGAGAAAGGACACAGAGAAUUGCCCAUGGAAUUGGGGGAUUCCACCAGCCCUCUGGUGCCUGCUAGGUUCACAAGAAAUGCUGCUGCACAGGUCAGAUGUAAAGAAUGGAGGCAUGGGACUGUGAUGCUAAAGAUAAUCCACAGGACAUGUGGCAUGUGUGACUCAUGAGGGGAGAAAAAGGGGAGGGCCCGAAGAGCGUGCCUGGCACCUCAGAGCACUUGUGCCCGAGCACCAGGGAGUGUGCAAAGCACGAGGAAGGCAAGUGUGAGAAAGCUGGCUUGAGGUGAAUGGGUGUGCUUUUCCCACAAAGCCUUGCCACAUUGGCAAUGCCACCCUGCAAACAAUCCAAGCCAGGAAUUAUCUUGUGGCACAGUCACUGCUGCCCAAAAAUACUAUGUUGCUCAGAAGAGAAAGGGGGAGUACUGGACCAUUGAUCAAAUUUACAGGUUCAUGGGUCAAUUUCUACACAGCGGGGAGGAAAGUCCAGUUGUGCUUUAGUGGGAGAUGGAGCUAGCUCCCAUCCCUUUCUCAGGAAUAACAGGAAAAAAAGAUAAAAAUCUAUCAAAUUUAUCAUCCCUUCUUCUCUAAUUCUCUUCCCCCUCUCCCCAAUUAAAACAUGUUCAGGCACAGUGGAAGGCGCUAGAACCUCUUCAUUUACACAAUCUGCUAUGUAUGGCUCUACAACAUUGCCAAGCAGCACAAAUUCAACACACGUAACAGCGUCCAUUGAGAGCAAGCACACAAGAGAAACAGAUGUCACCGAAUUUACAAGCAGCUUGGCACACACGUCCAAGACAACGGAAGAUCUUCAGAGUAUAGUGCCAAGAAAUGACUUCACAACUAAAAUAGGAGGCCCGAGUUCAGCUUCCACAUCGGUGAUGACUGGAAACUCCCAAAGUCCAGUCUCAAAUAAAGGAACAGCAACUGACAGAACCAGUUCACAUUUACCAUCAACACCAAGGACCACUGAAAACUCUCAAAACGCAGUCCCUACAACCAAUUCAGUCCCAAUCCCGGAAAGCUCCGUAUCAACAGCUCUCACGCAGGAACCCACAACCUUCCAAAAGAACUCAACUGCAACAGAAACACCUGUAUCUCCUGACAUAACCCACACCCCAUCCCAAACGGAUGCAUCGGCAAACUCCCCGAGCAGCUCAGAGGCAACACAUGGAACUCAACCCACGGAGAAGGUCCAAACAACAGGCUUCACUCUGGACACUAUGACCAUCCCAAGGAGCUCAGUUUCCACAGAAACCACUGCCCCUCCUGACACCUCCUUCACCACAGCCACGACUGAGGAACCUAAAACCCGGACAAACAGCCAGACACUUGUAACUCCACUAACUGGGAAUAACCAAACAACAGUCUUUAGUCAGGAAUCUACACCCUACCCAAGCAACACAAUUUAUAUAGAAACAACUGUGCCUCCAGACACCUCACUCACUAUAACACAAACUGAGGCAUCUACAACAUUCUUAAGCAGCCCAAUUUCAACACAAGGAAUUCAGGCAACUGAGACUUCCCAAACAGUCUUGACUGAGGAAUCCACAACCUUCAGAAACAACUCAAUUUCCACUGAAACAGCUGUAGCUCCUGACACCUUCCUCUCCACAGCCCUGACUGAUGUAUCCCCAGCAAUGACUAUUUCAACACAAGAAACUCACGGAACUGGGACUUCCCAAACAGUGUUCACACCGGGAUCUACAACCUUCCCAACCAGCUCACUGUCCACACAAACAGCUGUAACUCCUCGGACCUCCUACACUUCAUCUGUGAAUGAACCCCCUACACCUUCCCCAAGAACCCCGGUAUCAACACAGACAACUCCAUCAACAGAAACAUCCCGAACAGUCACCACUCAGGAACGGACAUCCUUGUCAAGGAGCUCACUUUCCACAGAGGCAGGUUUACCUCCCGAAAGCCCCCACACCACAUCUCACACUGAGGCAUCUACACCCUCCCCAGGCAGGCAGAUUUCAAAACAAGCGAUUGAACACACUGAGAGCUUACAAACAACAGGCUUCACCAAGGAAGCCACAAGUUCCCCAAAGAGCCGAAUUUCAACAGAUGGCAGUCAAGCAACUGACACGUCAGAAACAGUCUUCACUCAGCUGUCUACCGCCUUCCCUACAAGCUCAGUUUCCACAGAAACAGCUUUACCUUCUGACACUUCACUGCGCACAAUUCUGACUGACACGGCUUCAACUUCUUCAAGUAUCCCUACUUCAACACAAGAAACUCAAGCAACCAUGACAUCCCAAACUAUAUUCACUCAGGGAUCCACAACCAUGCCAACAAGCCCUGUUUCCACAGAAACAGUCAUCCCUCCUGACACUUCCUACACUUCAGCUGUGAGUGAGCCAUCUACAACCUCCCCAAGCAGACUCAUUUCAACACAAACAACUCAAAGAACAGAGACACCCCAAACAGUCUUCACUCAGGAAUCCACAACCUUCUCUAGUAGUUCAGUUUCCACAGAAACAGCUGUAGCUCCUGACACCUCCCUCUCCACAGCCCUGACUGAUGUAUCCCCAGCAAUGACUAUUUCAACAAAAGAAGUUCAUGGAACUGGGACUUCCCAAACACUGUUCACUCCGGGGUCUACAACCUUCUCGACAAGUUCAUGGUCCACAGAAAGAGCUGGGACUCCUGAGACCUCCUACACUUCAGCUGAGAACGAAACCUCUACACCUUCCCCAAGCACAUCGACUUCAACCCAAGCAACACAAACAAUUGGUACAUCCCAAACACUCUUCACUCAGGAAUCAACCACUUUCCUAACAGAGUCCAUUCCCACAGAAACAGCUGUGUCACCUCAGAUUACCCACACCACAUCUCUAUCUGAGGCUUCUACAACAUCUCCCGGGAGCCCCAUUUCAACACAAGAAACUCAACCCACUGAGACCCUCAAAACCAUCUUCACUCAGGAAGCUACUACCUACCCAACCAGCACAAUUUCCACAGAAACAGCUGUACCUCCUCACACCUCACCCUCCACAGCUCUCACCGAUACAUCUUCGACCCUCCCAAGUACCUCAAUUUCAACCCAAGAAACUCAAGCAACUGAGACUUCCCGAACAGGCUUCACUCGGGAAUGCACAUCAUUGACACGGAGCUCAGUUUCCACAGAAACCACUGCCCCUCCUGACACCUCCUUCACCACAGCCACGACUGAGGAACCUAAAACCCAGACAAGCAGCCAGACACUUGUAACUCCACCAACUGAGAAUUCUCAAACAACAGUCUUUAGUCAGGAGUCUACACCCUACCCAAGCAGCACAAUUUACACUGAAACAACUGUGCCUAUGGACACCUCACUCACUAUAACACAAACUGAGGCAUCUACAACAGUCCCAAGUUCCCCAAUUUCAACAAAAGGAACUCAGGCAAUGGAGACUUCCCACACAGUCUUCAGUCAGGAAUCCACAACCUUCCUUACAAGUUCAACUGCACCUCCUGAUACCUCCCUCUCCUCAGCCUCAACUGAGGUAAUGACAGCCUCCUCAAGCAUUGCAGUUUCAACACAAGAAACUCACAGAACUAGGACUUCCCAAACAGUGUUCACACCGGGAUCUACAACCUUCCCAACCAGCUCACUGUCCACACAAACAGCUGUAACUCCUGGGACCCCCUACACUUCAUCUGUGAAUGAACCCCCUACACCUUCCCCAAGAACCCCGGUAUCAACACAGACAACUCCAUCAACAGAAACAUCCCGAACAGUCACCACUCAGGAACGGACAUCCUUGUCAAGGAGCUCAAUUUCCACAGAGGCAGGUUUACCUCCCGAAAGCCCUCACACCACAUCUCACACUGAGGCAUCUACACCCUCCCCAGGCAGGCAGAUUUCAAAACAAGCGACUGAACACACUGAGAGCUUACAAACAACAGGCUUCACCAAGGAAGCCACAAGUUCCCCAAAGAGCCGAAUUUCAACAGAUGGCAGUCAAGCAACUGACACCUCAGAAACAGCCUUCACUCAGCUGUUUACCGCCUUCCCUACAAGCUCAGUUUCCACAGAAACAGCUUUACCUUCUGACACUUCACUGCUCACAAUUCUGACUGACACGGCUUCAACUUCUUCAAGUAUCCCUACUUCAACACAAGAAACUCAAGCAACCAUGACAUCCCAAACUAUAUUCACUCAGGGAUCCACAACCAUGCCAACAAGCCCUGUUUCCACAGAAACAGUCAUCCCUCCUGACACUUCCUACACUUCAGCUGUGAGUGAGCCAUCUACAACCUCCCCAAGCAGACUCAUUUCAACACAAACAACUCAAAGAACAGAGACACCCCAAACAGUCUUCACUCAGGAAUCCACAACCUUCUCUAGUAGUUCAGUUUCCACAGAAACAGCUGUAGCUCCUGACACCUCCCUCUCCACAGCCCUGACUGAUGUAUCCCCAGCAAUGACUAUUUCAACAAAAGAAGUUCAUGGAACUGGGACUUCCCAAACACUGUUCACUCCGGGGUCUACAACCUUCUCGACAAGUUCAUGGUCCACAGAAAGAGCUGGGACUCCUGAGACCUCCUACACUUCAGCUGAGAACGAAACCUCUACACCUUCCCCAAGCACAUCGACUUCAACCCAAGCAACACAAACAAUUGGUACAUCCCAAACACUCUUCACUCAGGAAUCAACCACUUUCCUAACAGAGUCCAUUCCCACAGAAACAGCUGUGUCACCUCAGAUUACCCACACCACAUCUCUAUCUGAGGCUUCUACAACAUCUCCCGGCAGCCCCAUUUCAACACAAGAAACUCAACCCACUGAGACCCUCAAAACCAUCUUCACUCAGGAAGCUACUACCUACCCAACCAGCACAAUUUCCACAGAAACAGCUGUACCUCCUCACACCUCACCCUCCACAGCUCUCACCGAUACAUCUUCGACCCUCCCAAGUACCUCAAUUUCAACCCAAGAAACUCAAGCAACUGAGACUUCCCGAACAGGCUUCACUCAGGAACCUACAACCUUGCCAAGGAGCUCAACUUUCAAAGAAACAGUUGUCUCUUCUGACACUCCCUACACUUCAGCUGUGAAUGAGGCUUCUCCAACGUCCCCAAGCAGACUCAUUUCAACAAAAGUAACUCUAACAACAGAGACACCCCAAACAGUCUUCACCCAGGAGGCUACAACCUUCCCUACAAUCUUAUUUUUCACAGAAGCAGAUGUACAUCCUGAGAUCAUCACAUACCAACCUGAAGGAUCUGCCACACCCCUAAACAACCCGAUUCCAACACCCGGAACUCAACCCAGUGUGCCGGUCCAAACAACAGUCUUCCCUCCGGAAAUCAUGAGCUCCCAAAGCAGCCCAAUUUCAACAAAAUCUGCCGUACCUCCUGAGAUCAGUCACACCUCAACCUUGACUGAGGCAUCUGCCACCUCCUCUCCAAGCAGUCCAACUUCAACCCAAGCAACUCAAGCCACUGAGACGUCUCCAACAGUCUUCACUCGGGAGUCUCCAACCUUUCCAAGCAGUGGGAUUUCAACGGACAUGGGUCACCCCCCUAUGAGCUUUCAAUAUACCAUCCUUCCUGCAGUGUUUUCUCUCCCUUCAUCAUCAGAACCAUCCUCAGCAUUUACCACUCUGCCACCAAAGGACUGCAAGAAUGGAAAGUGGAAUGGAAGACAGUGUGAAUGCCAACCAGGCUACACGGGUCAGCUCUGUGACUCCACCCUGUAUUCCUUCCCAGUAGAAAUCCCCGAUGUUAUCCACGCUACAGUGACUGUGUUGGUAAAAGUGACUGAACGGAACAUCACAGCUGACAUGAGGAACGCAUCCUCCCAGGCCUACAAGAACUUCUCAGACCUCUUCGUGAGCCAGAUGAAUAAAGUUUACAAGGGUGAUGACCUUCCCCUGUACAAAGAAGUGAUCAUUAGAGAACUGCUCAAUGGCAGCAUCGUGGUGGACAAUGGUGUUGUUCUAGAGGCAAAAUACACCCCAGAGUAUAAGACGGUGUUUAGAAAUGCCACGGAGAUUGUGAAGGACAAAAUCAUGAACGAGACGAGCACAAUCGCAACUGAUCUCUACCAGUGCCGAUACCACAUACUGUGCUACAAUGGUAACUUCACCACGGUGGAUGAGGACUCUCUAACCUUCAGCUUCGACCCUGCCGAGUACUGCUUCCAGAAUGCUGCCAAGGACUUCGGCCACUACUUUUACCCGGAGGAUCUGGACGGGACGCUGACCUGCGUGAACAAUUGCACUCAGGGGACCAAGUCACAGGUCAACUGUAGCCCAGGCUACUGCCAGCUGCUGCACUCAGGGCCCCAAUGCGUGUGCCCCAACACAGACACCCACUGGUACUGGGGAAAGACUUGUGAGUCCAGAACCAGUAAGAGACUCGUGUAUGGCCUCGUGGGCACUGUGUUGGCACUGCUACUUGUCCUUGUGAUCACCUUGGCUGUCAUCCUCAGCUGCUCCCAGAGAAGAAAGCACAGGUCAACAUAUGACCUGUCUCAAGCACAGCAACGAGAAGCUCUUCCUGGAACCUUCCAGAGCACAGGUGUUUGGGAAGCUGACAGCCUGAAAAAGGAGAUGUAUGGCCUUGAGAAAGGGUACAGCCACUUCCAGCCAAACCUGGAGAACGUGGACUUGAAACCAAGGUGUAGCAGCUCAGAGUUUUUCCCACCCUGGGACUGACUGCCCCUCUCUCCUACCCUGGGUUCCCCUACUCCCACCCUCCCUAGCUCCUCCCAAUCCUUGUUGACUUCAUCUUUGUCUCCUAUUCCCUAACUCAACAUUCAGAGGUCCAAGGUGGUGGAGUCAGCAGUCCUGAGAGGGUGGGAGGCGCCUACUCCCUCAUCCCCCAUCCAAACGUAGACAAGAGAGGGACAGGGUCCCCACUACCACUAUUCCUGCUUGGCUAAGAUGAAGCUGACACCAGGUCCCAAAGCUAUUCUGAGGCGCUUGGACUUAGUCUGUGAGUCACUGCUGGAAGACUUGUCAAAGCAGCAGAGAAUAGAGGACGGAGCCCAGGUACCUCCUCUUCCUCCUCCUCACCGUCGCCUCCAUGUUCCAGGAACCCAAAGACUUCUAGGCACCUCAGCAUCUUUGUUCGCAUGGAGGUAUUGCCCUACUCUGGAUUUUCCCUAUUAAUAAAGCAAUUCUUUAAAGAA